AAAGCCAUUGAUCCAAAUUGGAUAUUUUAAAAAUGAGUUGUCCUUCUAUGAUAAAGAACACACAACCUUUUUACAACCUGUAAUUGCAUCUCAGACAAUAGCAAUGAAUGUAAUAGGUUAAAAAAAUUGGUUUGGUCUUCCAAAGCCAUGUUCUCUGUCCAGUGCUGUCUCAGUCCUUCCCUAGUGAAAUCCUUGUAGGCCCUGCCUGUUAGCUGGGCAGCUAUGGAAGUGAAGGGAGAAGAAAUAAUGCAUCUGAAAUUACACAGAAAUCCCAGUAUAGCUGUCAGUAUCCCUGCAAAGGAGUAAGUCAUAACAAAUCCCAGUGAGCUGUGGAGCAGGAAAAAUAUAUCUAAGCUUUUCCAGGAGGAAUGAACUGGACACCCUGAUCAAAGUACACAAUCACUUGAUUGGUACAAGCUGAUCAUGGGGAUCCAGGCACAAGUACAGGAAACAAGGAAGAGAGAGAUCUAGUUAAUAAGUAAUUCCUCACCACAAUGCAAGUUUGAACAACGAAUACAGUCUCCCAACAAUAAAGACAGUAUCUCAGCUGAAACACUCUCCAGCACAAGGAUAUUACUCCUUUCUCUCACCAAGAAGAAAAUGAAAAACAAGACAAGUGUUGUUCCCAGAGAAGGAGAAGCCCAACCUUCCAGGUGUCCAGAUAACAGUGCAUUCAAACAGCAGAGACUGCCAGCUUGGAAGCCCCAGCUCACCAUUGGAUCUGUGCUCUCCAGCUUCUUUCUGACUGGGGCAUUCUGCCUCACUGUGGGAGUCUGCCUUGUCCUGUCUGCAAACAGCGUCAGAGAAGUACAGAUAGAUUAUUCAGAUAAAUGCUCAAAUUGUUCAAAGCUCCGUGAAAACUCCUCUAACUGGAAUAAGGAAUGCCACUGUUCUAUUAAUUUCACGCUAAAGGAAGAUAUAUUGGGUGAUGUUUUUAUGUACUAUGGUCUGCAAAACUUCUAUCAAAACCACCGUCGGUAUGUGAAAUCAAGAAGUGACGCGCAGCUGUUGGGCCGAAAUGUAAAUAUCCAGAGGAGCUACUGCGCGCCCUUCAGCACCUACAGGAACGGGACCCCGAUGGCGCCAUGCGGGGCCAUUGCCAACAGCAUGUUCAAUGAUACUAUUGAUCUGUUUUAUAAUUAUAACUCAUCUGUGAUUCAAGUGCCACUGCUGAAGACUGGAAACAGUUGGUGGACAGACAAAAAUGUGAAAUUUCGCAAUCCUGAGUCAUCCAAUCUCUCUGCUGCAUUUGCAGGCACAGCCAGACCUCCUUACUGGCAGAAGCCAGCGUACCUGUUGGAUGAGGAAGAUGAGAGGAACAAUGGUUAUGUGAACGAUGACUUCAUUGUCUGGAUGCGAGUGUCGGCCUUUGCCACCUUCCGGAAUCUCUACCGGCGCCUCAGACGCGUUCGGCGCUUUGCUGAGGGCCUGCCAGCAGGGAAUUACACUUUCAGGAUUUCCUACAAUUUCCCUGUUACCAAAUUCAAGGGGAGGAAGCACGUGAUUCUUUCAACCGUGGUGUGGAGUGGUGGAAGUAACCCAUUCCUGGGAAUUGCCUACCUGGUUUCUGGCACAGCAGCAACCCUGGCAGGUUUUGUCAUAACUGCCAUCCACUUAAAGCUCAGGAAGAAGAAAACAUACUUUCAGAAGCAAUAAGGUUCACCUUUCUGAACGGAGACAGAAGUGUGCAGUGAACAAAGAAGGUGCAGCACAGACCUUUCAGUCUUUCCCAUGAACUCUGGACCAUUUUCAGUGUCAGGUUUGGUGAAUGUAAGCAAAGUGAAGGGCAGGGCGAGUCCAUCAUCUGAAACCAAACUUACCUGAGGUGCCAUUCUCAUUAAUGUACAUGUGAGCCUAAAUUUGUUUCCUAGGAAACUUGUAGUGAGAUGAGCUUCAAACAGCAGAUUAGAAUUGCAAUGGCAAAGAAAUUAUGUGGUGCCAAUGUCUGGCCAGAAGUCAGGGUCCAUAUUAAUUUCUUAUUCAGCCCCAUAAUUCAGACAACAUUUCUCUUAACUGGAAUAGAGCUUUGGAUGGGUAAAAAGUGAACUCUUGAUCCAACAAAAAGCUUGAGUAGGUAGAACUUAUUGCUAAAAUCUGCUUGUGGGCCACAUACAUGUGCUUAAUGGCUUGGCUUGGGUUUUAUAUACCUUUAUCAGCUAUGCUGAAAAAACAACCAGUUUAUACCAGUGCAUUCACUCCAGUUUGACACCUGAUUUGUGAUCGAGUACGGGCAUUUAUCAGGAGUUCGGAGUUUGGUUAGACCAAAUUUAUUUGAUUUAUCUAGCAGGUGAGAGCUGGAGGGCAUCCAAUCACGUAUUUGCAUUUUUUAAAUUAUGGUUCAAUACAAAUCCUAAAUUAAAAGCUCCUUUAAUGCAAAAUAUUUUAACAGAGCCAUCUACCUAACCAUCUACCUAAUUUAACUAUUAGACCAAAAUUGCACUUCUACCUAUCCCAUGUGAAAGUUCACAAGUUUACAUGACACAGAAUGGUAAUUUAUUGUCAAUAAAAAACAAAGCACCA